CAGCAAGUUUUGUCAUUUUGUGUUGACGUUUCUUUUUCACAGAAUUUUCGCUGUUUAACUCGUGGCGUGUGUAUUCUCUGAUUUUUGUGCUUAAAUAUUGGCAAAAAAGAUGCCUGGUGUUGAUACUAUUAAAUCCUCUUGGGCCGAUGAGGUGGAGCUCGACUACGGCGGCCUGCCACCUACCACAGAGACAGUUGAAAACGGCUACAAAUACGUCACAGAAUAUAAGUACAACAAAGAUGACAAAAAGACAAAAGUUGUGCGCACCUAUAAAAUUUCCAAGCAAGUCGUGCCGAAAACCGUAGCCAAACGACGCACCUGGCCGAAAUUUGGUGACUCAAAGAACGACAAACCCGGUCCAAACUCACAGACUACUAUGGUGUCGGAAGAAAUUUUCAUGCAAUUCCUCAACUCCAAAGAAGAAGAGAAGGCCAACGAUCCACUACUCGAUCCCACUAAGAAUAUUGCCAAGUGUCGUAUUUGCAAUGGUGAGCAUUGGUCAGUUAAUUGCCCAUAUAAGGGUACCGCCAUGGAUACAAACUUAAUGGAGAAGAAAGCGGCUGCUGCUGCAACUGCUGUGGUCGAAGCACCCAAAACUGGCAAGUAUGUGCCACCAUACCUUAAGGACAGUCAAAAAGGUGGUAUGGGCAUGCGUGGACGUGAUGAUACCGCCGCUAUCCGCAUUUCCAAUCUGUCGGAAUCGAUGACCGAAGCCGAUUUGGAUGAGCUGGUGAAGAAAAUUGGACAACACAGUAAAAUGUAUUUGGCGCGUGAUAAGAAUACCGGUCUCUGCAAAGGUUUUGCGUAUGUACAUUUCAAGCAACGCAAGGAUGCCGCCGCUGCUAUUGAAAUUCUCAAUGGUCACGGUUAUGAUCAUUUGAUUUUGAAUGUGGAAUGGUCGAAGCCGCAAAACAACUGAUCGACGCCGUCAAAAAGUGCAGCAACAUUAAAAUAAUUUUAUAACAAAUAAAAAAUAUGGCAUAUAUAUAAACGAGUAUAUUUAAAAUUUCAUGCGCGCUUUAACAGUAGGCGUUAACUAUUGGAAAAGCAUAAACGAAAGAUCAAAUAAAUAAUCUAAAAAUAUGUAAAAACUAAA